AGAGGAUGAUCAAUAUCUAGUGAGGGAUGAGCUACGUGAUGGGCGGUGAGAUUUCCCCACAUUCCCGAGAACCGAGGUCCUGGAAUUUUGAUGUGCGGAGUGACUUGACAGGGUGGAUAUAUCCCGCCAAGCUGGCUGGCUGUUCAUGUUCGUAUGGGAGAAAUAGGUUUGCUUGAUUUGAGGAUACAGUUUUGAAGGAUUGAAAUAAGCUGCAUUGAAGGAAUUUUUAAUUUUGAUCGUGAGAGUGUCACAGGAGGCUUACCAGGAAGAUUGAACAUAUGGAAGACACGACAGCAAGACCAAAAAUCACGUUAUACGUUGAUACAGUCAGCCCUUUUGCUUAUGAGGCUUAUUGGAUUUUUAGGCAUGAUCCUACAUUCUCGAAAUGCAACAUCGAAUACAUACCCGUAUUCCUGGGUGGCAUCAUGAAAGAUGUUGGGAACAAUCCACCUAUUAAUAUCAAAAAUAAAGAUAAAUGGAUCGACCGCGAUCGUGUCCAUUGGGCAUCGGUCUUCAAUAUCCCCAUGUCCUCUAAAACACCAGUCGGCUUUCCUCAUAUGACGCUUAGGAUCCAACGCGCGUUGGGUGUGUUACCAUCCUUGUUUCGGGAGGGAAACGAAGCGCAGGAUAUUUUGUGUCAGUGUCUAGAUCGUUUGUAUGAAAUGUAUUGGGUGGAAGGGAAGAAUAUCACAGCUCCUGGUGUUAUCGAAGAGGUGCUUCAAAAUUUUAUUGGAGAGGAGAAGAAGCAGUUGGUAUUAAAAGAAAUUGCAGGGAAGGGUAAAGAGGCGGUGCUGAAGAAUAAUGAGAGAGCAAUACGGGAAGGGGCUUUUGGGUUACCUUGGAUAGUAUGCACGAACUCCGCAGGUGAAACGCAAGGAUUCUGGGGUGUAGAUCAUUUAGCACAAGUGGUGGAUUUCUUAGGUUUGGAGAGAACAAAGAGUAGAGCUUGGAAAGCCUAUCUGUGA